GCGGCGGCUGAGGCUGAGAGCGAGCAACGCUAGGUGUCUGCGGGGACUGAGCGCGCUCAGCUGCGGAAGCAGAUGCGGGUGCGGGCGCAGGAUGCGGAGGGGAAGGCGACACGGGCCGGAAUGGAAGUGUGUGUGACAUUGUCUGAACAGCAAGGCCUUGACCUUGACUCUGUCCGGUGCGCCGUUGACGCAAGGAAUUGUACGGAGUUCCAGUCUGUGCAACCUUUGUUCGCGAGCGCGUCGUCCCGGAAGACAUGGCGGGCGGCUGCGGCGCAGGCUGAGGCUCUGGCGGCGGUGAUGGCGAAACUGCCCGCACCUGCGCGACCGGCAGGUAACCAGCGGGAGCCGCCCGCUCUUGACGGUCGUCCGAUGAACGACGCUCUUCACUCUUCCGCGGCGGGUUAUUGUACGGGCUGCGCGGGCGGGCGGGACCUGUAGUCGGUGGUGGCGAGGUUUCUUCACGACGCUCAACAACAUCGUGCAAGGGGGGCGCUCGGGCGACAGGAAGCGCUGUAGGCGCUGGCGGUGGUGGCGGAGGUU